AUGUUAGCAGAGGAGAUACUAACGGUGGAUGGCGUGUUACAAAAGUACGUGGGCGAGCUAGGCCCGUGUCAGAUCCGCCAUGCCGUGCUCGUCGCAUGUGCGUGGUCCCUCGAGGCGCUUUUCACGUUCAUCAUCAUCUUCACAGAGCGCAUGCCAGCGUGGCAUUGCACAGCACCCUCCUGCGUCGGGAAGACUCUCUGCCAGGUGGACGCGGAGCAGCAGCGUGACAUGUGGCAGCAGAAGGCAGGCCAACAGGAGAAUGCCACGUGGCAGUGGUCAGAGCCAACAAGCGUUUCAGUGGUGUCAGAGUGGGGUCUCAUCUGUGGGCAACAGGCGCUGCUAGCAUGGAUCGACUCGGGAUACUUCAUGGGUUAUUGCGCCGGUUCGUGCUUCUUCGCGUUCCUCUCAGACGGCCCUCUGGGUCGCAAGCGCACUCUCCUCCUCGCGUCCCUCCUCGCCUCCCUCCUCACAACCCUCACAGCCCUCACGCCCUCCCCUCACUCGUACGCUCUCCUGCGUCUGCUCACCGGCAUCGCCACAUCAGGCCUGGGCAACACGUGCUACGUGCUCGCAGCAGAGCUCAUUGGGCCCAGCCACAGAGGACCAGCUUCCAUGCUUGUCAACCUCUCAUAUCCCUUUGGUCAAAUGCUCCUGCCUGCCCUCGCCGCGCUUGCCUCGGCGGUGGGUCCGGAAGAGGCCGAAGCAGUGCAUUGGUGGUGGCAGAAGGAGGCACCGGCAGGGAGAGUGGGUCCUGUGGUUGCUGCUGGGUCAGCGGCUGUGCUACACGCACCACCGGCAAGGUGGGAUGUAGCUGCACCAGAAGCAUCCGCCGCCCCGUCGUGGCGGCGCCUGUAUUUGCUUGCUGGAGGGGGAGUUGGCGGAGUGUACUGUGCGCUUCUCCUCCUCCCGCCGCUGCUGCUCGCCGUCCGGCCAAUCAUGUCCCAGCACGUGGCAAAAAUAAUGGGUUUCUUGGCCAGGAAAGACAUCCCUGCAGCGUCGAGAGUGGGUGUUGGAGGUGCGGGUAUUGCAGGAGGAGAUAGUUACGAUAGCAGUUAUCUUUUUGUGCCCCAGUCAGGGGAGGCGCAAGGCGAGAACACGGCAGGGGUAUUUGAGGAAGAAGCACAGGCAGUGGCCCAAGGAGGGGGGAGGAGAGGGGGGUGCAGCACAAGGGUGGAGACAGAAGCAGUAGCGGCCCUGGCAAGGUGGGGAGGAGGGGAGAGCAGGGCAGCUACUCAAGCAGCUGAGGUAGUUGUGAGGCGUCACAAGGCUCAGGGAGUGGUUUGGAAAGAGCUUAGAGCGGUUACAUGGGUGUGUGAGUCGCCGAAAUGGCUGCUGGAGAGGGGAGGAAGAGAGGGAGCACUGCAAGUGUUGCAGGGUCUGGCGAAGGGGAACGGCCGGGUGAUUCCUGCGGGGGUGGUGCUGGUUCCUGAUGUUUGGGCAGCUGGAAACUGUACUGGUUGCCGGGCAGUUGAAAGUUGUAACGGGUUUAGGGCGGUUGAAAGUUGUGCCGAGAAUUGUGCUGACCUUUCAGCAGCUGAAAACCGUGUUGAACCCUGGGAAGCUGCAAGUGGGUUGGUGGCAAGUCAGCAGCUUCAAGAAGCAUUGGAGAGUAUAAACAGAGGAGGAGGAGGAACAGGUGCAGUUACAAGUGGGGGAGGCUUUGUCUGCGAAGGUGCAAACGCGGCAGGUAGGGGUGGUGGUGGUGAAGGUUCAACUACUGAAUAUUGUGUAACUGGUGCAGGUUCACCUGGUGGCUGCGUUGCUUCCUGUGCCGCCAGCACAGCUGGUGCAUCAGGCAGCACAGGCGGAGGUGCAGCCAGGGGGGAGUUGAGGGAGUCACCAUCACCCAGGGCGCAUCUGCACCGUCUGUCGCUCGGAGGUGAUGAGAGUGCAGCUGGGGGAGGUGCAGCUGGGGGAGGUGGAACAGCAGGUGCAGCAGGCAGCACAGGUAGAGGAGGUGCAGGCAAGGGUGGGGGCUUGCAGGAGCUGCUGUGGUCGCGGGUUCACCUGCAGCGGCUGUGCCUCAUGGUACUGCUCUUCCUCACCUCCUCCUCUCUCUACAACGGCCUCACCCUCAACACCGCCAACCUCGCCACUGCUCUUGCGGACCAACUCGCAGCAGCAGGCAGCGGCGGCAGCAGCACUACUCUCACGAGCAGCAGCAGUGUGACGAGCAGCAUUGCAGCAGCGACGUACCUGGUGGCAGUGGUGCAGGUGCCCUCCAUCCUGCUCUCCGGCUGCCUCAUCAACCGCGUGGGGCGCCGCCGCCUCGUCAGCUGCUCCCUCAUUCUGGGCAGCCUGCUGUGUGCUAUUGGGGGCACGGUGCUGCUGGCGCAUGGGCCACGGGGAGGGGGUGGGGGAGGUGGAGAGGGAGGGGGACUGGUGUUGGCGCAGGUGGGGGGGGAAGGGGGGCUGCUAGUGCAGGAAAAUGGGGGAGGAAGUGGCAGCGACAGGGGAGGCAGCAGGGGAAGCAGCAGUGGAAGCAGAAGAGAGCUGCUAAGAGCAGGGGCGGCAGAGGGCGGGAGUGGUAUGAGUGAUGGUGGGACGAGGGGGAGGCUUAGAAAGGACAUGCCUGGUCUGGAGUGGAAGGACAUUUUUCUGCCCGUGGCGGCAGGGGGAGAGCACAGAAGCACUGGCACAUACCUGCUUGGCUUGGAGCUACUGCAUGGGCCACAUGUAGAGCUCUUCCCCACCUCCAUCCGCCACUUGCGUGUUGUGUCUGUUACUGCUGCCUGA